CCGCGAUUUUCCUCGUCUGACUGAUGCAAAAGUGCAUCACUUUCGUUUCGUGUGAGGUGUGCUGUGCGAGUGUUUUGGUUUCGUUCCAGGUAGUGGUUCGCGGAGUGCGGGUGGUAGAUGGAAAAUCGCGAAAAGUCAGUCUAGUAGCGAAGCGAGUCGAUGUGUGCACUGUGCCGUCCGUCAGCCAGCCAGCCAGUAGUCAGUCAGUCAGUUCAGUAGGUGUUCGUGUUCGUGUGCGUCGUGGUCCGAUGUUUCCAUUGAUUUUAUGCAAUUUUCCGUGAUUUUCUUCUGGACGGGGUUUUCCGUUUUUUCCCUUUCGGUGAUCUAGUGACGUUGCCAAUAAUGGACGAUUUCGAGUGGCCAUUGAUUGAUGGUGUUGGCUUGUGGUGUUCUAGUUGUUAAUAAUUUUGCGGUGCUCCGCCAUCCGGUGAUCUGCGGAGGUGAAGAAAAGGGUGGCGGACUGCUGCUGGGAGGGGAAUCGACUCAGUGUGAAGUGAAGGAGGAAAAAGAUGGAUGUUUAUUCUUCGUGGUGGUGAUCCGGUUUCUUCAGGUGCAGGAAGUGAUUUUUGAGAUCAACAUCAAAGUUUUAUGAAGGAAAGUGUUCUAUACCGGUGAAAUCAGGCCACGGGCGCACUUAUUUGCAGUAAUAACUGCUCGUGCAUGAAAGAACUCACUUAUCAUCGCAUUAUCAUCGUCGAGCAUUGUUGUUAUCGAGUUGCCGCGGCGGCCGCCACCAACCAGCCCAGUAGUGUAUGAGAACUGAAUAAAGUGCCUCCUCAAGUGCUGUCCAGUUUGCGCUGUGGGGGAGAUCGAAUCGCGUCAUCACCUCAGCAGAGGGCCUCUUGUGCAGUUGUAGGCAGUGUAGCUGGUCGGUCAUCAUCAACUGCAGUGAAAGUCGUCCCAAGUCGUCGUGAGGUGUUACCAGAGUGAAGACGAGAAAAUUUCGUCGUCAGUGUUUCAGUGGCAUUGAGAAGAGAAUAAUUGUACAUGCAGAAGGUGCUGUUAUUUUGUGUGAAGAUUGUGAAACAGAAAUCCGUCGUGCUGAGUUGUUCUACCGUGGAACGUUAUGGAAAAAGCUGCCGGAGCAACAACCAAAGUCGUUAGGAAGGUAGUGGCGCUUGGCGAUUGAUGAACGGUUGACGUUGUUGCUGUUGUGGUGGUGUUGAUUUGCGGAAUCAUUGAGAAGAAGAAACAGUGAGAUAGAAAAAAAAAACACUGAGUUUGCAAGUGCAGUACGGGGCUAAUCGGUGUUAGCCUUUUUUCGGAGAUUGUUCCAGAAGGUGGUGAUUAAAACGGCUUCAAGGUGGCGCUGUACGCUGUGAUCGAGAAGCGCUUCCGGCCGCGCCCGUUGGAUCGUGUGACGCUUCCGACGCCCCCAUCGACGCCGCCCUCGGACGCGGACGACACACCGGUGGCCGUGUUGUACUAUGAUUCGUCGCCGUCACCACCUUGCUUCACAACGCGCAUCACAACCGCUAUCCCGGCGGGCGUGAGCACACGGUGGACCUACGCCACCUCCCGAUACUAUCGCCGUAAGCCAAAGCGCAAAAUGUCCCCACUGUCCAGUCCGAAAUCCAAACCGUACAAGGAGUUCCGCAUGAUGGCCUCCAGCUCGGCGUCGUCUUCGACGUCUUCGAUAUCCUCGGCGAACAUGGGUUCGUCCUCGGGGGCCAGUGCCAGUGCUAGCGUAAACUCACGGUUGCAACGACGGCGACGCCGGAAGAAGCGAAUACUUCCGGUGAAACUGGAAGGCACGGUCGUCACUCGCGGCAAGACGAGGUGCGACGAGGACGGUGUGGGGCAGGAGCAUGAUGACGACGUGGAGGAUGAAGAGGAGGAGGAGGAGGACGAGGUUGGAGUGGAGGUGGACUCGUCCGACGAUGAAGGAGCUGAUGAGACUGAUAGGCUGACUAGCAGUAUCAAGGAACAUUCCACUAACCAGAGCAUGCAUGACGGCCGAACGGAUGAGCACCUAUCGAUGCCAUGGUUCGGCAUGGACAUCGGCGGCACCCUAACGAAGUUGGUCUACUUCGAGCCGAAGGACAUCACACCGGGCGAGCUGGACCAGGAGGCCAAAAUCCUGCGCAACAUUCGGCGGUACCUGACGAAACAUUCGGCCUACGGUCGGACCGGCCACCGGGACAUCCACCUGCAGAUGGACGACGUGGAGAUCCGCGGCCGGAGGGGGUCCCUGCACUUCAUUCGGUUCCCGACGGCCGAGAUGGACAAGUUUCUGGCGCUGGCCAAGAAGAAGGGCAUGGCCCAGCUGGUGACGACGGUGUGUGCGACGGGGGGCGGUGCGUUCAAGUUUGAGGAUAACUUCAAAGCCGAGGUCAACAUGAAGCUGGCCAAAUUCGACGAGCUGGACGCCCUGAUCAAGGGCAUCCUGUUCACCGAAACGCACAAUCCGUGUGAGUGCUACUACUGGGAGAAUGCAAGUGAUAUUAGUGUAAGUUCAAAGAAGAAGUUCGACUUCAGUCAACCCUAUCCGUUCAUCCUGGUGAAUGUCGGAUCGGGUGUGUCGGUGCUAGCGGUCCGCGGACCGGACAACUACAAACGCAUUUCCGGUACCAGUUUGGGCGGUGGAACAUUCCUGGGGCUGUGCUGCCUACUGACGGGAUGCACGACGUUCGAGGAGGCGAUACAGCUGGCCACCAAGGGUGACCACACCAAGGUGGACAAGCUGGUGAAAGACAUCUACGGUGGGGAUUACGAACGGUUCGGAUUGCCCGGUGAUCUCGUGGCUGCCAGCUUCGGCCAGAUGAACCUCGUCGACCGGAGGGCGAGCGUAUCGAGGGAAGAUCUUGCCAAUGCCACUCUCGUUACGAUAACCAACAACAUCGGUUCGAUUGCGAGGAUGUGCGCCAGCAAUGAGAAAAUCGAUCGGGUGGUAUUCGUGGGUAACUUCCUACGGGUGAACCCGAUCUCGAUGAAGCUGCUGGCCUUUGCCAUGGACUACUGGUCCAAGGGGACGCUCAAGGCCCUGUUCCUGGAACACGAAGGCUAUUUCGGUGCUAUCGGCUGCUUGCUGCAGUUUAACGGCGAGCUUAACGCGCACGUUGACAACGAAGGCGACCUGCUGACCUAGGCUAGUAAUCCACCACAGGUAUAUAGUUAGCAUGUCGUGUUGUUAGAACUCGGUAAGGUUAAAGGUAUGUGCUGCGCAUUCAUUGUCACAGAACGACGCGAUUAAACCAAAACAGAAAGACACUCACACAAAUAGUAAAAAACAAAAACAUAUUCACGCUGGAUCCAAUAGCAAAACCCAUAUUAAAUCUAAAAAAAACUUUACUACUUAUAUCCAGAACGAUGCGUAGUGAGCAAAGUACUAUGCUGUUCCGCUUGCUAUUGCUCACUGCGGUGAAGGGGAAACUUGUCGAGAACGUGGACAAAAAGAUAAUAGAAUAAUCGUAAGCAAACAUUUAGUUUAAGUGGCAUGAUAGUGAGAAUCAAAAAAAGUGUAGAAUUGUUACAUCGGUACGUUAGAAGCUCCGGUUAAAAUCGUUUGCGGAAAAGUCAACGAAAAUUUUGAUUUAACGGUUCGUUUCGUUCGGUUCGUUUCAUUCGGCUUAGUCUAGAACUGUGUUCAGCGAUUUAUUGAAUUGACUGAAAUAUUCGUUUAUGAAAUUGCAUAUCCGGGCGGACGGUUUUUACACGCGAAUGUGAUCGUCAUUAUAUAGAGAUUUUUUUCCUCGAGGAAAGCGUAGUAAGGUUGGAACAAAUAGCACCACAUAUUUUAUGUCAUUGGACGUACUGUUUUCUAUUCCUUUAAUAGUGUAAGGCACAUUUUCUUCAGUAAGAUAGAUAAUCAGAUUCUUGGAAAAUAGUCUUCUCCGCGUUUUUGCGUCGUACGACGACAGAAGCAAAUCUUGUUUUCAACGGUGUAGGCAAAUUAAUUUACUUUACCAGUUUCUAUUGGUUUCAGUAUGCACAAGUGGAACGUCGGUAAAAAGAAUGCAUCUGUUUGCAGCAUAACUCCGUUUUACAUAGGUAAAAUCUUUAUAAAACUGUUUAUCUGGCAGCUGAAUGCGUGGUUUGAUCUUUGAUAAAGAACCAAUCAAAUUUGCAUAGGAUGCAUGCUUGCUUGCAUGUUUUGCCCGUCGUCAAUGACGAUAAUGUGUAGACAAACACCAUCGUUAACUGUUAUUUUGAAACUAUUUUAACUAAAAAAAAUUUUGAUUUGUAACACCGACGUCGGAAGUCUUAAUCAGAGGCGUACUCUUUCUUGUAUAAUAUUGUUGAUUUUCCCCAUUUUAAUGUAAGUACGUAACGUAUGGCAAACAAGUGACAUUCUAAGAAAGUGUUCCGUAGUAGUUUUGUUUCUAUUUACACAUACCCAACCCACAUACAGACACACCCAUACUACACAUAUUAUAUUGCAUUUUCCUCUGUCGUAAGCAUAAAAAUAAAAUAAAUUUUUAAAGCGAAUAUACGGAUCUUCAAAUUUGGCCAAAGGUUGA